AUGAUGCUGGGAGAACGAAGCUCAGCUAAAAAGCACGAAAACAGUGUCUGGUGCAAUCUAUGCCAUUUGGAAGAGGGAAGGUCUGCUAGGAUUCUUCAAAGGUUUACAUGCCCAGAUCCUGAAGACUGUGCUAAGCUCAGCAUUGCUUUUGAUGAUAAAAGAAAAGAUCACAAAGACCACCUGGGUACUCAUGCUAGCACUUCAGAGUUGAGGAACCUCAACAUGGAAAAAAGGAACCCGAGGACGGUUGUGUCUGUUAUACUAGGUGGUGGAGCUGACCCAUCUUUUCCCUCUGACUAUGCGGCGAGCCAAACUGGCCGUAUGUCUUCUGCUUUCUUUCUUGGAGUAACCUUUCUCCCAGUAAUUCCAGCUUCCUUCCCAAAUUCUGAAUACUUCUAG